AGUCAGGGCAGACGUGUCUCGCUCGGUCCGCCUCGGUUCGCUCAAUCUUUGUUGGCUCACUAGUCACUAGUUGCUGCUAAACAUGGCUCGACACGAUGUCGUCGAUUAGACUGCCAUCGGUCGUAGUCAAAUGACAAUAACUAGAUUAAAGUGUCGGGAGCGCUCAUGAGACAAUCGUGUCAUCGGCUGCUUGAGCACCAGCAGGCCGGCGGAGACGAACCCCCCCUUUACUCACCAAUCGAUCAAAUUUCAGUGGUACCUGACCAUGUGGGCAGGGACACCGGAGGCAAGCUGACACGAUAUGCGACGACGGAGGAGGACGAGGCGACACUCAGGGAACUACUACUUAGCCUUCAGAGACAGGUGAGCGUGAUGAGUAUGAACCUCUCCGCUAAGCUGGAUGACCUGCAGAGGGGGGACCGGCAGCUCGAGACCACCGUCGCUCUCUGUGAGAUCCGGACCCAACUCCAGGAGCUGACUAAGAGUGUGGAGUCAUGCCAGAGUGAAGUCUCCGAGGUGAAGCGAGACAUGGUCGCCAUCAAGCAGGAGCUGGACACGGUACAGCAGGUGAAGGAGGAGAUCGAAGAGCUGAGGGAGUACGUGGACCGCUUGGAGGAGCACUCCCAGAGGAGGAAGCUGCGGUUGUUAGAACAGGGCCUCACCUUCUUCCUAUCCUACGCUAUCCUGGCUGCAGUCUUGGGGAUGCUGCAGUUCGGAUACAACACUGGUGUCAUCAACGCUCCUGGCAAAAACAUCGCCAACUUCAUGAAGGACGUGUAUAAGAACCGGUACGGGCUGGACCUGCAUGACGACACCGUGAACAAGCUCUAUUCCAUCGCGGUCAGCAUCUUCGCCAUCGGAGGCAUGCUGGGAGGCUUCUCUGGGGGGAUGAUUGCCAAUCGGUUUGGGAGGAAAGGGGGUCUCUUGCUAAACAACAUUCUGGGCAUCAGCGGCGCGAGUCUCAUGGGCUUCACAAAGAUAUCCCACUGCUACGAACUUCUCAUCUUCGGAAGAUUCAUCAUCGGAGUCAAUUGUGGUCUAAACACCUCACUAGUGCCAAUGUACAUAUCGGAGAUUGCGCCGCUCAACCUUCGCGGCGGGCUGGGUACGGUCAACCAACUGGCUGUCACCGUCGGACUGCUGCUGUCCCAAGUUCUCGGAAUCGAACAGAUCCUCGGUACUGAUGAGGGGUGGCCGAUACUGCUGGGCCUGGCGAUCUGUCCCGCAAUCCUGCAGCUGAUCCUGUUACCUGCGUGCCCCGAGUCCCCACGGUACCUGCUCAUCACGCGUCAGUGGGAGGAAGAGGCUCGCCGUGCUCUACGAAGACUUCGUGCUAGUAACCAGGUGGAAGAGGACAUCGAAGAGAUGAGGGCCGAAGAGAGGGCCCAGCAAGCCGAGGCGUCCAUCUCGAUGCGUGAGUUGUUGUGCUCACCCACCCUUCGAGCCCCUCUCCUCAUCGGCGUGGUCAUGCAACUGUCGCAGCAGCUGAGCGGUAUUAAUGCGGUAUUCUACUACUCAACGUUCCUGUUCACCUCAUCUGGCCUCACGGACGAGUCUGCCAAGUUCGCUACCAUGGGCAUUGGAGCCAUCAUGGUGGGAAUGACGCUGGUCUCGCUGCCCCUCAUGGAUCGCACUGGAAGACGGACCUUACACCUCUACGGGCUCGGCGGGAUGUUCAUCUUCUCAAUUUUCAUCACCAUCUCGUUUCUGAUCAAGGAGUUCUUUGGCUAUGUGCAGGAGAUGAUCGACUGGAUGAGCUACUUGUCAGUGGUGUCCACGCUCAGCUUCGUGGUAUUCUUCGCGCUCGGCCCCGGGUCCAUUCCUUGGCUGAUCACCGCUGAGCUGUUCUCGCAAGGACCCCGACCUAGCGCCAUGGCGAUCGCCGUGUUAGUAAAUUGGAUGGCCAACUUCGUCGUUGGAAUCGGCUUCCCUAGCAUGAAGGCACUACUGGAAAACUAUACAUUCCUGCCUUUUAGUGUAUUCCUUGCAAUUUUUUGGAUAUUUACGUAUAAAAAAGUUCCUGAAACAAAAAAUAAGACCUUCGAAGAGAUUUUGGCACUGUUCAGGAAUUCCAAUGGGAGGGACAGUUUUCGAGACAACCGCCUCUACGGGAGCAUGAUGAACUGCGUGAACGCACUGGAACAACAGCUGCCCCCGCCCCCGCCGCCCGCGCCCGUCGAUGAGAAGCACGAUUCACUGUCGGAACAGUCCUCGGGAGCGGGGGAGGCGGGGCGCCCCCCGCCGCCGCUGCCGCCCCCGCGCUUCCCCGCCCCCGGCAACGUCUGACAAUGGCCAGUCCGUGCGCCGGCGCCUCUGGUAGCGCCGCUGAAAGCAGCCGCCAAUUUUUUGUUUCGUGGACUCAGGCGCCCGGCGGCCGCUCUCGCUAUUACUACCACACAACAAAUGUUCUAAAUUUAUGUGAUUAGGCUAAAUAGGAUAAGUCACGGCGUAAUUAUAGCUCUUUAGUCUGUCAUUUUAUGACAUAAUUUAUCGAAUGCGAAUGCACCUUGUAAAGUGCUGUUGCGUUCUUGUACCCAUUUUAAAAUAGGUCUUCAUGAAUUUUCUCAGAAGUGAUUUGGGGACUUAAGGCCCUUCUGAACGGUCUACUGAUACUCGCUUCUGAUAUUAUUAACGUUAUUGAUAAGUGCGUUGGAGGGAUAUUCAAUAUAAAAAAUAGUAGAUAUUUUAUCGACUAAUAGAUCGGAUGACAUCUGAUGACGCCGUCAGUUCACUGCACACGGGUUACAUGCCAACUAAUUCUAUGUAGGGAAAUUAAAGUAAAAUGGGUACCAUGCCAUGGGAGUGUGGUGCGCCGCCCAGCGCGCGCGCCGCUCUACUUGGACGUGCUGUUCAUUUAUACAAUUAUAUUAUUUUACGAAUGUUUUUAGUCUCUUUUACUCAUAAUUGUUAAACUUAAUGAUACUUAAAGUCAUAUCUAAAAUGACCGAGAUUCUAUUAUUAUAUUUGACUUGUAAAUUAUAUUUAUCAGAUACAUUUAAUUGCAACCGCGGGAAUUGAUGAGAAAUGCAAAUUAUUUAUUGUAAUUAAUUGAGGAUAAUAUAAAAUAGUUUAAACUGUCUCAUUUCACAUUUGCUGCAUUAUUUUACGGUACACUUGAGUUGUAUAGCCGUUUUGUUUGUAGCAUAAGAGAUAAUAAAGAACAUAUUAUCUUUUUAAUUGACGAUGAGAUGAAUAGAGUACGGUAAGUUAUACAAUUUUGUGAAGACUUUUAAGAAUGUGAAGCUUUUAAAACUAUACGCCCUAGUGGAAGAUCGAGUGUUUACUAACUAAUUAGGUAGGCAACUGUAGAACUACUGGAUAGGAGGAUACGUUCGUCCAUGCAUGUUUAUACUGCUCAAAUUGUUGAUAAGGCUCGUCGACACGUCGUCCGCACUGCAUGGCCUAAAAUAUAUGCAUCCAACACACUUGCGACGACUGAUCGAUAUAUCAUUUAAUGUAAAAAGCUCAAUAAGCACAUGGGUCUGAUUAGGUAUGGCUGUACGACAAGAGUAGAGGGCGGUCUAGGUCAUUCUGUGAGUGAUGGAGUAAUGGGCGUGUCGCGUGCAGCGUCAUUAACAGGUGGCAGGGGGCUAUUCGAAAUAGAAAACAUUUCAAAUGAAAAUUCGUUGGAAUACAGUUCAAAGUUGUCUAGCGUUCGCGUAGCUCUGCGAAUAAAUAUCAGCGCUCGAUUUGUGUAACUGGUUUUCAGUAACUUUUCUAUUUCGAGAUGCAAGGGCCCACCGACCCCGUACCGCGGCCACGCCCCGUCGGUUCCCGCGACACUCCCACGCUCAAUUAAGCUGCAAGCUUGUUGUAAGCGACGUUAAAUUUUGUAUCGAAAGUUUCGUCAAACAUUCCACGCGAGGCUUCGACACACAGGAGCGAACUAUUUAGUGGAUUGGAUCGUAUUCAUAUUGUAAACAGUUUUGGUUGAUCGGUCGCUGUUUAGUUAUGUUUUAUGGUUUAGUUUAAGGUAUUUUUUAUAUUGAUAUGUGGUGUGCGUGGGGCAAAAGAUGUUUGUAGGAAGACUUGAUGAGAGUCGGUGCAUAGGUUCCCGUACCCAUGCAAUGCAUAGUAUGCAGUAUGCAUGCUUUCGGCGGUAUCAUACAAAUAUCUCCCUGCGUAUGCCAUGUAAAAAUGUGAAUAUGUCUUUAGUCAUCUGUUACUGAUCGAUUUUCAUUAUUUGGGCUCUGCAAACCUUACAUUUAAUAACCAGAUAUCGUCAAGAGGCUUUCAAAAAUGAGCAGUUUUGAAGAAAAUUGUCACAGAAUAACCUAGACCCGGUCGGCGCUGUGUUUAUAUGAGGAAUCACGCAUGAAAAUGAACCAAGAAAUUAUUCUAAAUAUUUGAUAAAUGUCUGUAGAUGUUGUCAUUAUACAGUUAAUAAAAAGCAAGAGAAACCCGGAGUUUUAGUCGAUAAGACUACGAGUAGUACAGUCGUCUUAUGAAAUUUAGAGUAAAUUCUACUUGUAGACAUUUUAUAGCAUUUUUGACGAAAUUGUUAAUAAAGUUUGCAAGCUUGAAAGCUUUGGUCACCUCACUAACGACGUAUGGUAAUAAUGCGAAGAAAUUCGUUAACAAUUUUGGCAAAAGUGAAGAACGAUGCAUAGCUUGUAGCUCACAAGCAAUUGUUACAUAAG